UUGUGCAUCGGGGGGAGAUCUUGGCGAGCUGAGCGUGAGGAGACAGAGAAUUAGAGAAAUGCUGAUCCUGUGGCUAAAGGUGAUUUUCUCUCCUAACUGUCGAGUACUCCUGCGCCUGUUAGUGGCACCUGAUGUGAGCUGCGGUGAGAUUAGCUGAAUGUGUGAAAAGCAGCGCGGUCCCUCCAUGUGGAGCCCAGGAGGCUGCGAGGCACUAAGACCCAGUGGAGAGCAGGGGAGGCUGGGUGCCGCCUGUUCACCCGCCGCCUGCCUGUCUGCUCUGCACGGCUCUGCAGUUGCCCUGGGCACAUGUCGGAGCCGGUGUGUAUGAAAGUGUGUGAGGUGGGAGAGCGUGUGUGUGUGUGUGUGUGUGUGUGUGUGUCCACCACUUGUGCAUCACAAGCUGGAAGACAGGACCCCUGUUUUCUCUUUUUAUUUUUGGUUCACCCUCCUGCUCCUGCUCUGCCUCUCCACCUGGAUGGAAGACCUGACUAGAGGAGAGCUGAGAGGAGGGAGGUGCGCGUCGUGUGUUUGCAGGGAUGGGGAGGUGGGCGGUCGGAGUGAUGACGAGAUGAAAGGGGCCAGGUGAGGAGGAGACACAGGAGCGCCCCUCUUCUCUCUCCCCUUUCUCUCUCUCUCUCCUCCCUCUCUCUCCCUGUGACGUAGUCAGUGUGCGUGUGUGUGUGUGUGUGUUUGCUGUGUGUGUGGUAGAGAGAGAGAGAGAGAGAGAGAGAGAGAGAGAGAGAGAGAGAGAGAGAGAGAGAGCGAAACAGGUCGGCUUUCCUUCAGCAGACUGUGAACCUGCACAGGAGGAAGCAGCCCUCUCCAGACUGAGGUAUUUUCAACUGAAGGUCAUCCUGGAGAGAGACUCUUCAAAGAAUCGAGUGAAAGCUCCUGCGACUGUCUGCAGAGCUCUGGGCUGAAGUCUCCAGGGGUCAGGGCCUGCACAGCUCCUGCUGCCAUGACAGACACCACCGCCUGAGCUUCUCAGUGACACCCUACGACAGGGGAGGAUGGGUGAUGGGCCUGUGAAAUUCAGCAGACUCUCUCCUCCUUAUGCCAUCCUCUCAUGGAGCAUCCUGUCACACCGAGCCCCUCCUGGAACACUUCUCUCUCCGGCCUCCCCACUUUUCCGGCCUCACUGCACCCGAAUAUCUCUAACGUGACCCUGCCCAUCACGAGCAGCCGAGGUGGGGUGAAUCUGAACCAGUCCCUGGCGCUGUGUGCUAUGCUCAUCAUGGAUGUGCUGGCAGUGGUGGGGAAUUUGGCCGUGAUGAUUGUCAUCACCAAAACGCCGCAGCUGCACAAAUUUGCCUUCGUGUUCCACCUCUGUCUGGUGGACCUGCUGGCAGCGCUAGUGUUGAUGCCUCUGGGGAUGCUGUCAGACCGAAUCCUGGUGGACGAGGCGCUGUGUCGGAGCUACCUCUGCUUGAGUGUGUGUCUAGUGAGUGCCGCCAUCCUCACCAUCUGUGCCAUCAACGUGGAGCGCUACUACUACAUCGUCCAUCCCAUGCGUCACGAGGUGAAGAUGACGGUGCGGGUGGUGGUGAUGGUAGUGGUGGGAAUCUGGAUUAAAGCUGUUGUCAUGUCAGUGCUACCUCUCCUGGGAUGGCUGCUCCAGGGGAACCAGGGUCCGGGGACUCCCUCUGUCCUCAUUCCUGGGCAGAGACAGUGCUCUCUCCACUGGACGGGAGGCAGGACCACACGCCUGCUUUUCAUGGUCUUCUUUACAUUUAUUUAUUUUCUGUGCCCUGUGAUGAUCAUUCUGGUGGUCUACUGCAACAUGUUCAAAGUGGCGCGAGUAGCAGCCAUGCAGCACGGUCCCCUCCCCACCUGGAUGGACACGCCACGACAACGUUCAGAGUCCAUCAGCAGCCACUCCACCAUGGCGGCCAGCCUCGGAGGGACUGGUGCCCGCGCCACCCCUCAGAGGACCUUCAGCGGCGGGAAGGCCGCAGUGGUCCUGGUGGCAGUGGGGGGCCAGUUCCUCUGCUGCUGGCUGCCAUAUUUCUCCUUCCACCUCUACUCGGCCGUGGUGUCUACCUCUCCCGCCUCGCUGGCCCAACUGGAGGACGUGGUCACGUGGAUUGGCUAUUUCUGCUUCACCUCCAACCCCUUCUUCUACGGCUGCCUGAACCGGCAGAUUCGCCAGGAGCUGGGCCGCCACCUGGCUUGCCUCUUUAAGCGGGCAGGGCCCAGUGAAGGGGAGCAGCUGCCCAGCCGCGAGGCCUCUAUUGAGGAGAACUUUUUGCAGUUCCUUCAAGGCACUGGAUGCAAUCUGGAGCCCUGCAACUCUCACAGCAGAGCCAGCCCGGAGGCAGCAGAGACUGAGGCCCUUCAGGAGUCAGCUGUUCAGCAGAACAUGCCAGCUGACUUCCACAUCCCAGGGCAGAUCCUUGAGGAGACCUCAGAGUUCAUACAGCGGCAACAGCUGAAGAAUGAACUCCAUGUAUCAGAGAACGAGAACUGCUACAAAACUGUACCAGAGCUGUAGCUACCUCUCACGUACUGUCUCUUUUGCCAUCCAAUAAUCCAAGAAAUAUACUUAGUUUUAUUCAUAUUUUCUAAAAUGUGUUGAAUUAAAACAUCUCUGUUUGUGCUACAACAGUGCUUUUAAGCUAAAAAUCCAGUGAACUGCAAAACAUGGUACGGUUAUGUAGCUUUUCAGAGAAGGACAGAGCUGAAUAUAUUGUGUGCGUCAUCUCAUUCAUAUCCCCAAUGGCCAUAAUACUGCAGCAUUACAUGUUGCGAGAGACAUACAGUAUCAGGCUGUUUUCUGUGUGAUGUCAGCAGAUGGACACUAAACCCUUGCUGCGAUAACCACGGUUCAGUGAAGUGACAAAGAUCUCAUAGACAGAAGUGGUGAAACUCUGAGGGAGCAAAGCUUCAGGGGAAACAAAGUUUUCACAGUUAAUGAAAAAACUAUACGAGCCAAGAUUUUAAACGUUCAGCGAAAUGCAUUCCGUCAUUCAUUCACUUAUUAAAAUUCGGGUUCCUCAUCAGACAUAAAGCAAUAAUGUACACAAUACACUUAGUCAUGACAUAUCAUCACUUCUCCAUCAGACAUAUUGUCUUUCCUUCUGCCUUCUCCUCCUCUGCUUUCAGUUUUAAUUCAACUAAAGUGCUAAACAUGGCCUCACUUUAGUUCUUUGAGCCCCUUGACAAUCAGUUCAUAUUACAACAGGUUCUCUUUGACCAAACAGAUGUGUUAUCACUGAUUUAACUUACAAUCUACUCAUAAAAAAAACAUCCCGCCGCCCGUCUACUUAGGUCCUAGUUCACCUCCAACAAAGUGUUAUUUUACAGAAGUGAAAUGAAGAAAACGACGAGGUGGUAAAAGGAUGUCAUUAUUGUAGCUCUCGCUGCCAGUUGCUCAUGAAUUUGUUUGUUAAAGUAAAGGAUCUGUUCUCAUCAUGUGUUCAUCAGUAUAAAGGAGAGAAUAUUCAGAGCCAUUUAAAAAAAAAAAAAGUCUCUCCAUUUGAAAUAUUCAUUGUGUUGAAAAGGAUCAUUUCACAGCUGGCUCUGCUGGUGGUAUUUAUAAUAAACAGGCUGACACACCAGUGUAUUUUUAACCAUUUUCCAGGAAAAUUAUUAUCAUGUUUAUCUGUUCUUAGUCUUGUGAUUAUCACCUCCUCACCAAAAUCAUCUCACAUUGCUAGACUCGUGAUUACACCCCCCCCCCCCUUCCGCUCAAAGAAAAACAUUGUGACUGGUUUGAUUUGUACGACGGUGACGGUGUUAAGGAUUAAUCUUUGUAAAAACAUCGGCUACAGCACAUUAAAACUGUCAGUUUGUUGAAACAAGGCUGGAUGCGGACAGUUUCGGACGCCUCGACCGGUCCACGCUUCACCCCCGUGAUGCCUGCGCUGUUUACAGGAAAACACAGGAGCAGUGUGAGUGCUCUUGUGUUUGUGCUGUAAACAACCAGGCUUGUUGUGGCUACAACAGCGGGGCAGGUGUGACAGUGCUUACAUACGGCAAGAUUUGCCUUUGGCCUCAUUUAGCGACAAAAGGAAGACACUGGUGACACUUCCUCUGAUCUCAGGUGGAAUACAGUUUGCACAAGUCACACAAGCAGUGACAAACGUUCCAAAGAAAAUAAUUACAAGGCACAGAUCUCUUACAAAACUCUCUUUUUAUACUUGCUCUUUCUUGCUGCCUUCAUCUAUUUUGGACUGCCUCACACUGGACUGUUGGUAUGAUCACAAGACACUCGACACAAGGCGUACAGGGAAGGUUCAUAUUUUGCUGGGAGUCAGAACAAAAAAAGGUCCCUUUGUCAGGGGGAGACAUAACGUUCUUAAUUUUCCUGCGAUAUGACUUUGUUACUGACUGUUUUUCCAGAAGGGGUCGUCGUGUCAUCUUGAUUUAAAAAGUGUUUCUUUUGUGUCAAAAGUAGGUGCAGUAAUGUUCGGCCCCACAUUUAGUUGGACGUUAAGUCAAGCAAAACAAGGAGCACAAGACAAAAUCACUGCCAUAAUCAUCAAUGUUCUACAGUAUGUAUAUAUUUUUAAUUCAUUAUUAUUAGUAGUAUUUAAACUACAAAAUAUAAAACCAUAACAAUUAUUCAUAUACAAUGUUUUAUAACGAAAUAACAUAAAACUGCCCUGAUUUAUUUCACCAGCGUCCAUGAACAAAGGGUUUCAUUUCUUUAGAGAAUCUGAGAUCUUCCUCAUUGAGCAUUGUUGAUCAGCUCCUCUUUAUGGUACAAUGUUGUGAUAAAUUCAGUGACAUUUCACACAGCGUACAUCAAUCCACCAUUCAAUCAGCUGGAUUUCCGUUUCCGUAGCAGCGAAAAUUGCCCCGACCAAUCUGAUUACACACUUAAAGCUGUUUUCUUUCUGUUGAUGACCAGGGCAGAGAAAUAAACCGUGUUGAAGGUGAAUGGAGGAUAAUAUUCCCAGCUUCAGGAAUAUUCGUAAAUGCAGUUUUGUUUGUCGUAACUCAUUGAUAUGGUUGAUAUGUUCCUUUUCCUCUCUGUAUCUCUUUUUGUACCUGAGCUGAAGAGACUGUUCGGAUUCUUCGUUAUUAGGGUCUGUUUUUUCCCUCCUUGUUAAGAUUUCCCUGUGUAUCAGUUACACAUCAGUUGAAAUGAUUAAAAACGCUGCAAGAAGA